AUGGACCCAGCAAAGAUUUUUGUUGGUUCUAUCGAUCAGGGAACCACCAGCACCCGAUUUCUAAUCUUUAAUCGCGAGGGAGAUCCUGUCGCAUCACAUCAAGUCGAAUUCAAGCAGAUAUAUCCUAACCCGGGAUGGCACGAGCACGAUCCGCUAGAGCUUGUAUCUUCUGUGGAAACCUGCAUCGAAGAAGCUGUUAAACAAUUCGAAAUCAACGGGUACGACCAACAAUCUAUUAAGGCGGUGGGAAUUACCAAUCAGCGAGAGACUACAGUUGUUUGGGACCAUGAAACCGGGGAGCCACUUUAUAAUGCGAUUGUCUGGACCGACACCCGCUCGCAAGCUGUUGUUGAUGAGCUUAAAAAGAAACCCGGAGCAUCGCAACUUCAACAGAUCUGCGGUCUGCCGCUCUCAACCUAUUCCUCUUCCUCUAAGCUCCUCUGGAUGCUUACAAAUGUUCCCAAGGUCAAAGAGGCAUACGAAAAAGGCACCUUGGCCUUCGGAACUGUUGAUGCCUGGUUGGUUUACCGACUGAACGGCGGAAGCGCUGCCAAUGUUUUCGUCUCUGAUUGUACGAACGCCUCACGUACAAUGUUCAUGAACCUAGAGACACUGGGAUACGACGACUUCUUGCUGGAUUUCUUUGGCAUUAAGGGCCGAGUACACCUGCCCAAAAUUGUUCCUUCUUCAGAUGUCACAGCCUACGGUGCACUCUCCAACGGCAGGCUUGCGGGGGUUCCUAUCAUGGGAUGCUUGGGAGAUCAGUCCUCAGCCCUUGUAGGGCAAAAAGGGUUCUCCCCCGGCAUGGCCAAGAAUACAUAUGGCACAGGAUGCUUCCUGCUGUACAACGUCGGGGACAAACCAGUUAUCUCCAAGCACGGCCUUCUGGCGACUAUAGCGUAUAAUUUCGAUGGACGACCAGUAUAUGCGCUCGAAGGAAGCAUAGCGGUUGGUGGAUCUGGAAUCAAAUUCCUUCAGAAUAAUUUAGAGUUCUUCAGGGAGUCUAAGGAAGUUAACGACUUGGCUUUAACUGUGGAAGACAACGGCGGGUGUGUUUUCGUUACCGCGUUUAGCGGACUUUACGCUCCGUAUUGGAUCGAUGAUGCAAAGGGAACUAUAUUUGGGAUCACCCAAUAUACCCAGAAGGGCCACAUUGCCCGAGCAACACUGGAAGCGACCUGCUUCCAAACCAAGGCAAUUCUGAAUGCCAUGGAGAAAGACAGCGGACACGCCCUAUUCGAGCUCGCUGUUGAUGGAGGAAUGAGCAACUCGGAUCUCGCUAUGCAGAUCCAAGCCGACCUCAUCUCCAUCCCCGUUUACCGCCCCAAGAUGCGCGAAACAACCGCCCUCGGCGCCGCCAUUGCCGCAGGCCUAGCUGUCGGUCUCUGGCGCAACUUCGCCGAGCUCCGCGACAUCAACCGUGCCGGGGGUACAGUCUUCCGCCCGCAGACGAGUCAGGACAUAAGCCGCGAGCAAUUUUCCCUCUGGGAAAAGGCAGUGAGCAUGUGUAGAGGGUGGGUUGGCGAUAAAUCGCACGCAACGGAGCACAGAGACACUGAGGGGAAGCCUACUCAGAAGGUGGAUCUGAGUAACGGUCAUAAGGGGGUUGUUGACGCGGCUUCUGCCACUGCCCCUAGCAACAUUGUGUCACCAUUGUUGUCGGCGAAAAUGAAUGGGGAUUUGGUGCUAUCAAAGGGCACGCCGUGGAUUAAUAUCUCGGGGGAUUUGGAGGAUGCUGAUGAUCAGGACUUGUUUCUGGAGUUGAGGAAGUUAGAGAUUUUACAGAGGCUGAAGAGGUUGGGUAAGGUUAAGGUUACCUACUUUUGAGUUUGGGUUCAUACUUAGGGUUAUUUCUCAACCUUGAAUUCGUA